AUGGAUGUGUCAAAAGUGUUUAAUAUAUUACGAUCUAAACUAAAUGCUAAAGAAAAAGAAUUACUUGAACUACAACGAUCUGAACCAUGUUUAUUAGCACCUGAUUCAGAACAGAUAGAUACAUUGGUCAAUGAAAUAUGUUCUCUUCAUUUAUCAACACAAGAAGGUUCAUUUAUAUUUGCUUCGAAUUCUCUUUCUGAUAGUUCUUCAUCAACAAGUGUGUCUUCAACAGGUAUUGAUUUAAUAAAAACUUUACCAUCAACUGUUUGGUUAUCCGAAUCAAAUCAUGUUAAAUAUAAAGAAGAAGAAGAAGAAGAGAAAAAUGAAUAUCGUUUACCUAUGGUCACUCAUAUUUUUUCCUUACCAAUUAAUGCAUUUGUAGCUUCAUCAUCAAAUAAUUCAAAAUUACCAUUAUUUGAAAAAACAGUUCAACCAGAAAAUGAAUCAUUAAAUCGUCUUCCGAUAGUUAGUCAACUUCUUUCAAUGCCUAUAAAUGCAUUUAAAUCAUCAUCGAAUAUUCAAUCAAUGAAUGAUUCUUCACUUGUUAAAAUAAACGAUAGAAAAAAAACAGUAAAUAAUGAUGAGAAUAUAUUAACAAGAACAGAACCACCAAAAAGUAUUUUUAAUACAGAAACAAUUUAUUCAAAAGAACAUUGGCUUCGAAAAACUUCAUCAAUUCAAUCAGAAUCAGAAUCAGAAUCAGAAUCCGAAUCAGUUUGUUUAGAUUUAGAUUCAUAUAUUGAACAAACAACGGAGAAAAUGCGUCGUCUUCAUAUGGAAUAUGUUGAAGCACUUGAGAAAUUAAAAACACCAACAGAUCCAAUAGAUUCUUCAAAAACACUUAAAUCUAUUUAUCCAAAAAUGUUUGAUCGAAUUAAAGAGGAUAUAACAACAAAGAAACUCACUAAUCUUCCUUCCUCAAAAUAA